AUGUCGUUCGCUAACGGCCCUAAAUGCAGCAAGAUAAAACUCUAUGCAACUAGUUGUUGCAGUAGUGUAGGUUACUGCGGUACUACCACGGACCAUUGCGGGAAAGGAUGUCAGAGUACUUGCGAUUUCAAGCUCGAAUGCGAUAAGAAUAACCCGGUUAGCUUCGCCAACCAUACUAAGUGCCCACUCAACGUCUAUUAUUCCAAGCAUAACUACUAUGGGACGACCAAGGAAUUCUGCGGCAAGAAGACUAUGAAUCGCCCGUCGUGCUCCUCUAAGGGUCCAAUGAGACGAGUACCCUUAGAUAUCCCAGAUAGCAUCUAUACUUAUAUUAAUUUUGCUUUUGUAAGUAUUGACCCAAAGACCUUUAAAAUCGUCCUAGCAUCUAGCAACGACCUGGCUCUUUACCGCGAGUUAAUACUUAAGAAGAGGAUAGAUCCUAACUUAAAGCCACUUACGGCUUUAAUAGUGUCGAUAUUGACUAGGAAAGAGGAUUAUGAUAAUCUUCCUAAAUUCCUAAAGAAAUGGACUCAAUAUCGCUAUCCCCGCUUCGUAUUGUAUAUUAACUACUUUAAUAUUAUAACAUAUGAUUUCUACGGUUCUUGGGAUACUCCUAAGUCAUGGCUCGGUAACUAUCUUAACUCUUAUACUAAUUUGACUGAGAUUAAGGACGCUUUUAAUCUACUCUGGCGCAAUAAGAUCGAUCCUAAUCAAGUCAAUAUGGGACUCGCAUUCUAUGCGCGUACCUUCUCUAUCUCUAACCCUAGCUACAUAUCUCCUAGCUAUCUUUUUGAUGCCGGCGGCCCUGCAUAG